AUGUGUGUCCAUUGAGCUGUUGACACGUGUAAUAUUAUUGAUAAUCAAUUUCAUUCAAACCCACGAUCUUUAUAAUCUGGAUAAAUGAAAUCUAGUCUAUAUAUUAAACACUAAGUUAAUAAAACGGCUUAUUUGUCCACAGCAAAACAAAUUCUUUGUUUACCAGCCGUGAAUGAAGAUAAUUGAAAAACAUUUAUGAUAUUUUUUCUAUGACAAUCAAGGAUCUUCAUAGAAAGAAGAAUUAUAUGAAAGGAAUGUAUAUAAAUCUUUUACUAUUUAUAUUUUUGAUCAGUAAAAUAGUUGUUGUUAAUUCAUCUGAAGAUUAUUAUGAGAUUUUAGGAAUUAGAAAAGAUGCGGAUAAUAGAGAGAUACGCCGUGCCUUUAAAAAGCUAGCAAUUACUUUACAUCCUGAUAAAAAUCAGGAUGACCCUGAAGCUCAUGAAAAAUUUUUGAAAAUAAAUAAAGCAUAUGAAGUUUUAAAAGAUGAAGAAAUGAGAAAAAAAUAUGAUCUUUAUGGUGAAGAGGGAUUAGAUGAUUCACAUUCAUCUAAAUGGAGAGGAAACUUUCAUAGUUGGAAAUAUUAUUCUGAAAGUUUUGGAAUUUAUGAUGAUGAUUUGGAAAUCAUAACAUUGAAUAAAAAUGAAUUUGAACAAUCUGUACAUAAUUCACCCGAUAUAUGGUUUGUGAACUUUUAUUCUCCACAAUGUAGUCAUUGUCAUCAGCUUGCACCUGCUUGGCGUGCCCUUGCUCGAGAUCUGGAAGGAGUAAUUAGAAUUGGUGCGGUAAAUUGUGAAGAAGAUUGGGUGUUAUGUCGAAAUGAAAAUAUUUGGUCUUAUCCUUCUCUAAUAUUGUAUCCAGAAAAAAUAAAGUAUCAAGGCUCAAGAGAAACUGAACAUAUGAUUGAAUAUGUACUAAAACAAUUGCCAAAUAAAAUAAUUAAACUGGCAGCUUCAAAUAUUGAAACAGUUAUUAAAAAAAAUACUUUACCAUGGUUAAUUUCUUUUUGUUUAGAAAAGAAAGCUUGUUUGUUUAGUGAAGAUCUUAAAAAAUUUAGUAUUAUGAUGGAUGGAUUAGUUAAUGUUGCUGAAAUCGAUUGUUAUGAUCAAAAGUCAUUAUGUGAGAAACUAGAUAUGAAAUCUGGAAUUGCUUUCUUUCCUGGUUUGUCUUCUAAUGAUUAUAAAUAUCAGAUUGUGUCUGGAGAUGAUAACAAAGAUUUAGCUCAUGAAGUUUUGCAAUUGUUACCUGAUCCAUUGGAAAUUUCAAGAGAGAAAUACCAGGAAAUUUUAAAGGGUCUAAGGGAGGAAACUGAAAGCCCAUGGUUAAUAUAUUUUAAAAAAGAAAAUAAUGCUGAUGAUAAAAGUAUUAGUCGUGAAAUGAAACGCCUUACAGCCUUAUUACCUGAUGUGAAAAUGGGACAAUUAGAUUGUUCUGUAAAUUCUGAAACAUGCAAAGAAUUAUAUGUCCAGAAGUUUCCAACUUUUAUUGUUUUUAAAAUAGGUGGCUCAUAUGAAAUACAUCAUGGUCGUGCAAAUUCUCAUGAUAUUGCAGGCUUUGCCAGAGAAUCAUUGAUUAGUCAAGUUGAAACACUAGGACCAGAUGUUUUUCCUACAAAAAUAAUAGUUAAAAAUCAGCCAUGGUUAAUUGAUUUUUUUGCACCUUGGUGUCCUCCAUGUAUGCACCUCUUACCUGAAGUUCGUAAGGCUUCACGAAUCAUGGGACAUAAAAUUCGUUUUGGAACAGUAGAUUGUACUAUCCACUCUGAACUGUGUUCAAAGUAUAACAUUAGGAAUUAUCCAACUACAAUACUAUAUAAUGAUACCUAUCCACAUAUAUAUUAUGGAAAUCAUGUGCAUAGGGAAUUAAUUGAAUUUAUACAGGAUAUCUUAUCUCCACCAGUCAUUGAUUUAACACCACUCUUAUUUUCUAAUUUGGUGGAAAAGAAAAGUACUCAUGAAAUUUGGGUUAUAGAUUAUUUUGCUCCUUGGUGUAGACCAUGCCAACAAUUAAGCAUUCAGUGGAGAAAACUAGCUAAAAUGAUGUUGAAUGAUACAGAGGUUCACAUUGCAUCAGUGAAUUGUCAAACAUAUAAAAAUCUUUGCCAAAGUCAAGGAGUAAGUUCAUAUCCUGACAUAAGAUUGUAUCCAAGAGGAUCACAAGGAAUUAAUACUGUUAGUUCAUAUAAUAAUUGGAACAGAGAUGCAGUAUCAUUACGUGCUUGGAUUUAUUCAUUUUUGCCCAGUAGUGUUGAAUCGGUUACAUCUCAAAAGGCUUUUAAAGAUAUACUUUUAGAUCGCAAACCUUGGGUAAUUGAUUUCUAUGCACCUUGGUGUGGACAUUGUCAAACAUUUGCACCUGAAUUUGAAGUGGUUUCAAAGAAAUUAUCUGGUAAAGUAAAUGCUGGAAAAGUUAACUGUGAUGCUCUUCCAAAUGUGUGUCAAGAAGCUGGUGUCAGUGCUUAUCCUACAGUUAGGUUUUAUUCAGGAAGUACUGGAGGAAGACAUCAGAAUUCUUUUGGCCAAGAAAUUGAUAGUCAACGCUCAGAAACUAUAAUUGAUUUUAUAAGUAACAGAAUUAAAAAAAUACAAAAAGAUGAGUUGUGAUGAUUAUGCAGAUUAAAACAGAACUUUCUAACAUCUUUACAAUGUUAAUAAUUACAACAUUUGAAGAGGGUAAAACUAUUUUAGAUAUAACAUAAUACUUAUAAUCUGUAAAUUAUUCUGAAUUCUCACUUUUUAUUUCAUUUGCAUUAUAUUUAUAAACUCUUGGCAUACUGAUUCCAUGUAUACUGUAUAUAUUAUUCCUGUUCUUCUCUAGUCAGUGUAUUUGUUUUUCUUAAAUUAUUGUAAAUAUGAAUGGGAUAAUACUUGAUUGGACCAAAAAUUUUGAAAUUUGAAUAUUAUUAUACAGUAUAUAAUGGAAGAAUGUUUAAUUCUUGUAAAUUGUUUUAUUUAUUAUACAUU